AUGGUGCACAUGACCAGGCCAGAGAUUGCCCUGAUGUGCAUGGAGAAAUACGCUGGCAUCAAGACCGUGGCUGGUGCCUUCCAGCAAUAUGGAUUUGCUGCUGCGAGCUUUGAGUACAAUGAUGAUCCGAUAUUCCAGAACAUGCUCACUGGGCUUGGAUUUGCCUAUGGUCUUGCUUGCACAAUCCGCCUGUACAAAGCUUGCGGACUGAACUUCGAAGCACCGGUGUGUUCCACAUGGAUAUGGCUCAACAGGUCAACGUCAGGACGCUCAGGAGAUUCACCGAUGGGCUUCCAGCACCUCCAGCAGGUGGCGGACGCGAAUUUGAUGGUGGCCCGUACUGUCAUCUACCUCUACAUCAUGAGUCUUCUAGGAUGCUGCUGGUGCAUCGAGCAGCCGAGCUCGAGCUUGUUGGAAAAGCAUGUGGCAUUCCAAUGGCUUUGCAAACAGACCCGAGUCUACCGCGUAUUUGUAUGGAUUGGAAGCUAUGGCCACGACUGCUGCAAACCAACAUUCCUAUAUAGCAACUACAAGUUCUUCCAUAAGCUUUACCUUCCACUUCCAUGCCGUGAAUGGACAUCAAAUAUGGUGAAAAGGUACAUAGACUCCAAUGGAAUCCCUCGGAUUUGCGGAGAUUCAGAUCUCAAAGCUUCUCAACACUACCCUCGGCGCUUCGGAUGUGCUGUUGCAGAAUGCUUCUUGGACCAUUACGAGGAAGUUCGACAACAUGUUAAGGAGACACGGGAAGAGCUGCAAAGAGCACCCAGAAAGGAAGCAAAGGACCCUGGCUUUGCUAAGCUGGCCAACCUCCGGCAAGUGAUCAAAGAGCUGCAGUGA